CAUGAUUGAAGAUUGCUAACUAGAUUAGAUUAUUGGCGCGAGAAAUCAAUUCGGCCCCAACAGAUAUGUUGUCGUUUCGGAAUCGCUUUUCUUUGAGAGUUAUGAAUUAUGUAAAUCCUUUUACUAUUAAAUAGUUUAGUAAUCAGCAUAGUUAAUCAACACUCAAAAGGAGAAUGAAAAGAAUUCAACAUUGGAUAAGAAUGAUCGCUUCAUCAUUUUUGCGACAAGCAUAUUAAGGCAACAAACUUUUGAACAAUAUAUGAAAUUUACUUCAGAUCAAUUAGAAAAGUAUCGAAAAGCCAAUUAGGCAAGUGUUGUAAUUUCUAUAAUAACUAAAUUGAUAAAAGAAAAUAUCGAUCAAACAAUUUAAAAAAAAUAAGACCAAAAUAAUUUGUAAGAAAAGAGUGAAGAGGAAAAUUGCAUUAUUAUAAUAGAGUUAGAAUAAACUGAAAUCUUUGAAAUAAAGAAAAGAAAAUAGUCUACAUUAUAGUCUGAGGAUUUUUUAAACCUAUUAGAAACUAAAUCCAAAGAGAAUUUAGACUUUUGGGAGAAUUAACGCAGACUUAGGUAAGUUUAUUCCAAAGAAAUAUGUUAAUUGAUCAAAAAUGUCCAAAUUAACGAAACAUUUAUUUAUGUAACUAGAAAAUAAAUCUCAAUUAAUGAUAUAAGGAGCUAAUUCGAAUAACAAUUUUAGAUUAAGUAAAUUGUUGAUGAAAAUUUUCAGCAAGUCGAAGAACUUCAUUAAGAUAUUAUUAAUAAUCCAACUUAAAGAUAUGUCCCUUUAAUAAUUUAUAAUUAACUAUUUAGGGACUAAGUUAUUAAUCCAAUAGUGGAAUUAUCAAAAUAAAACAGAUAAGUGAGUUUUUAAACCAUUUAGACUUGUUUAGGUUGUACAGUAUUUUAACCUAUUGAAGUAUUUUUAAAAUUGAUUGAAACAGUUGAAAAUUGCAGAGAAAUAAUAAGAUGGGUUAAUGUAAAUAAUUUCAAUAUUCAUAGUUAUUAUAAAGACAUUUAGAAGGCAAAUCUGUAAAUAAAUAGUCUCAAGCUGGUGAUGACAAAGAUAAGGAUUAUAUAACUCAAAAAACAAGAGAUUAUUUAACAAAUUCUUAUAUAUAAUGGGAUAAGAGAUUUCAGGACGUAUUUUUAGAUGCAAAAAAUGAAGACUCAUACGAUUUAUUUUUAGCAAGUAAGGAGAAAAUUGAAAAUACCUAGUAUGAAGAGUAAUAGAUGAAGGAUAAUCAAUCAAAUACUUACUUUAGCCUUGUGUUGUAUGAAAUCAAAGACAAUUUCUUAAUUCUCUAUUAAAAUUUCAAAAUUGGAACAGAUAGUUUUAAUGUAAUAUCAAAACUAGAGCUUAAAAAUAAUUUUGAUGCUUAAAAUAAAAAUGAAAGCAAUUCACACCCUGUCUAAGUCGAUCCUUCUUCUAAAGCCAAAGGAAAUAACUUAGUUUAAAAAUACAAACAAAAUGAAUAAUCUUCUUAAUAACAUUAGAAUUCUACCUAAGCUGAUCACGUUGACAUUAAUUAAAUUAGUUUGAUUGAUAAAGAAGAAGGAAAAAUAGUUUAUACGUAUUUAACUUAAUAGAUUUUAGACUUAAAUUUUAAUUAAAGGAAGAGCAUUAGUAAUUAGUUAAUAAUGAAAAUAAGUAAUUCAGAAAUCUAAUACUUGAGUAAAUAAUAAUAUUAAUUAUAGUGUUCUAAUUAGAACUAUUGCCAUUAAGGUGAAACAAACAAUGUAUAAUCCUAUUUCUAGAAAGUAUGCAUCGAAAAUCACACAACUUGUUUUAAUUUGA